UUUGUGCUCAUCAUCAGUCGUGUGUUUGCGUUGCAUGGAACUAGAUGUGAUCUGCGGGUUACGAAAUUCAGUAUUCCGUUGUAUCGUGUUGCAUUGGAGUACACCUCGCUACUGUGUGUAAGGGAAAAGGAUAGACAUAGUACACACCUACCGAACUAAUUUAAAUUGUUUGCGGUAAAUCAGCAGUGCUCUAUCUUUGUAUCGAACUAGUCGCUUGUAGACGACGCCAUGGUGUUGAUAACCGAGGUGAUAAUCGCUCUGUCGAUUGGACUUCUAAUCUACCAAGCUUAUCGAUACUUGUUUGAGCGGCCUUCGUCUAACUUUCCUCCAGGGCCACCCCGGUUGCCCUUGCUCGGUAGUUAUCCCUUCUUGUUGGCCUUGAACUACCGGCAUCUAAAUCAGGCAGCCGCCAAGUUAUCCCAGUAUUACGGAAGCAAGCUGAUUGGUUUGUAUCUGGGGCCAAUGCCGGCGGUCAUCGUGAAUGAUUACGAUACGGUCAAGGAAGUUCUCGGUCGGUCGGAUUUCGACGGACGACCGGAUUUGUUUAUGGCUAGACUGCGUGAUGAGCGCUUCCAGCGGAGAGGUAUUUUCUUCACCGAUGGCGAUAGCUGGCGUGAGCAGCGGAAAUUUUUCCUUAAAACGUUGCACCAGUACGGCUUUGGACGGCGUAGUCCGGAGUCCGAAGCGGACAUCAACAUCGGAUUGGAGGAAUUGAUUGAUAUGCUGCGGAAUGGAGCUAAGUACGAGCACGAAAAGGCUCUCAUGGAUGCGACAGGAUUCGUAAUCUGCCCGAUGGUGUUUUUUGCCCUUUUUUCCAAUGUGGUGCUUAAGAUGUUAAUCGGGGCCCGACUGGAGCGCGAAGAUCAGGGUGUUUUGUUUGCACUUGGUGAGAAUGCUAUUGGUUUUCAUCGUAAUGGCGACGAUUAUGGCAUGUUGCUGAGCUACAUUCCUUGGAUUCGGCAUCUGUUUCCGAAAACAACCAAGUAUGAAUUAUUGAGGAAAGUUAAUCAGAAGGCUAACGGAGUGAUCCUAAGUCUGGCGCAAAAAUGUGAGAAAAGUUAUGAGGAAAAUGACAUUCGCUGCUUCAUAGAUGCAUACAUCAAGGAGAUAAGAAACAAUAAGAAUAAUGGCGUAUCGACAGGACAUGACGAGUUCGGGUUUGAAUACGAUCAACUGGUCAUCGGAUGCGCUGAUUUUAUGGUUCCACCACUAUCUGCAAUUCCAGUGAACAUUAGUCUCAUUAUCGAACGUUUACUCGAGAAUCCUGUAGUUGAGGCGAAGAUGUAUAACGAACUAAUCGAUAUCGUUGGAUCCAGCCGUCUUCCCACAUUAGAAGAUCGUUCAAGCCUUCCGUACUGCGAAGCAGUUAUUCGUGAGGCACUCCGCAUAGAUACGUUAGUCCCUUCCGGUAUUCCACACAUGGCAACCAAAGAUACCGAGUUAUGCGGAUAUCUAAUUCCAAAAGGAACGGUCGUCAUGAACUCUUUCGACUAUAUCCAUCAGCAAGAGGAAAUUUUUAGCAACUCGAAAAGUUUUUUGCCGGAACGUUUUCUUAAUGCAGAUGGGAAGCUUGCUCUUGAACAAGAUAAAUCGUUGCCAUUCGGCAACGGAAAACGUGUUUGCGCUGGUGAAGCGUUUGCUCGCAAUGCUCUCUUUUUGGCAAUUACUUCGCUGGUGCAAAACUUUACCUUCAAGCUUCCAGAUGAACAAAGUAAACCUAAUUUGAACGCUCGGCUGACUGGUGUAAUACGUUCGCCAGCAGACUUCAGACUCAAGUUUACAAGUCGCCGUUAAGGUUGAAGACUAGGUUCUGUGGUUUGCUAAAACCUAUGUGUACCGUAUUUCUCCCUACCACUGGUAUGGCACCUGGGUAGCAGUCAGUCUUACAGUGUUAGUAGUGUAAUCACUUGACAUGUUAACAAACUGGCGCAGCAAUCAGAAACAAAAGUACUGCAGUGUGCAGCUCAGCUCAGCGUACAAGCGCAUUUCUCGCUGAACAUGUGAAAAGGGCCCAUGUGCCAUAUGUAAACAAGCCAAAUUUUCUCGUUUUUUGAUCAAUACAAGGGAAAUCUGCUCUUACCAAUAAGAUUUAUUGAUAAAAGAAUUUACUCUUAAUCAAACAAUCUUAUUUGUACGAGUAGAUUAAGCUUGUAUUCAUUGAAAAACGUGAAAUUGUGGCUUGUUUACAUAUGGCACUUGGGCCCUUUUCACAUGUUCAGCGAGAUUUAUCCUUACGAAGUUUAUUAACCCCUCCACCGGAACGAAAUAUAGAUUAAACUUUUCCAUCAA